AUGAACCACCGAAGGAAGGGGAAACGAAAAUGCAAAAUCAACUACAUAGACAUAGAACUGGAGGCCUUCAUCUUUGGGUGCUUCUUCUACACGUGGAAUAAAAUCUUCACCGAAAAUGUGAAGCAAAAGAAGAAGGGAAACAAAAGGAGCAAUAGCGGAGUAGGUAAGCCCACCUCUAGGGUAAGCAGCAACAGCAGAGGAGGGGGAAGAAGCAUCCAAAGUUUCACUGUCGGGAAGACGACAAACACAGUUAAGAGGAAGUCCAACCCGUUUGUUGCUAAAAAUAAGACGUGUGCAGUUAAAAGUGCGAACCUUUUAGAGGUUCCAACUUGGGAGAAGGACGUUGGCAGAAAAAGCUGCGAAGAUGAUGAAGGCACCUUGCCACACGGGUCAGCCAGCAACAUUGGUAGAAACUUAAGUGAAGAAUUUCAGAGGAAGCACAAAAUAAACAUUAACGAUCUGAACGAGAAAUUGCUCCAUUUUGUUAAGCUAAACUUCUGCUUGGAUGAUAGGAAUUUUCACAUAUUUCACGAUUUGUAUUCUUUCUAUGAUCACAUAAGGGAGGAGAAGAAACACGAGGAGGUUAAUGUGCACCGUGUUUUCUUCAAAACGAAUGAGGGGUGCACAUCUCACGGGGGGGAGGGGAUGAGCAGUACAGAUGGAAACAGCAUGGGGGGGAAAAGUGCAGUGGGUCGGAAGGGGUUCAAAAGGGGCACCCAAAAGUUGUUCUCGCCAGACGGUUCCAAGUUGUGCGCUCCUGAUUGGUUGAACCCCACCAGCACAUCACGAUCCACCUGCACAUCACGAUCCACUUGCACAUUACGAUCCAAUUGCACAUUACGAUCCACUUGCCCCUUCUGCGAGCUGACACGGAGAAAAGACAAGGAAAUUAAAUCGAUGAGGAGACAAAAGUUCAUACACGCAUGCACAAAAAGGAUAUACGGAGAGAAGAAUCUCCAGCUUGUAAACAAAUGUAUAAUAAACAUAAAAACGUUUGACGAUAGCUUCGUGCAUUCAAUCACCAUCGAAAGAUUAUUCAGUUACAUAAACAAAAGGAACAACAAAAAUUUGCUCUUUUUUUGGUUCGAAUUUUUGAAUGUCCUUUUAAAGGUUACAAUUAACAAACAGCUAAUGAUGCAAAUUUUUUUUUUCUUUUGUGUUAAAAAUUUACUUAUAAGUUCUUACUUUAACACAGAACAAAUUAUGGGCAGUGAUGAAUUCACCGCGGGGAAAACAUUCUCCCCAAAAGGACAGGAAAAAAAUUCCUUCCUCGUAGAUAUGUUAAAGAAAUACAAAUAUGAAUCGUUUAGCAACAUCAUCUUAAAUAACAAUUACAAACUUUUGCAAAAUUUAUUCGAUUAUUUUUUCUUUAUAUGUUCAAAGAGGAGUUUAAAAUUUUACGACAAUUUUUUUUUAAAUGUCCAGAUGAUUAAUUUUAUUUAUCUUGUGCAGGUAAAUUUUUUUCACUAUUACUACAUAGGUUUGUGUUCCAAGUUUUACCAAUGGGAGGCCUCCAACCGGGGGGGCACAAGCAAACUCGUCAUAUCUACCUCAAAGCGGGGAAGCAACUACACCAUUCGGCUUCCAAAACGGACAGAACUUAGUGAAGAUACGAAGGGGAAAAUUGCCCCCUUUAGUCGCCUGAAGAGGAAAGACGGAGAGACAGCCAAUCUAACUAACCUGUGCAGUGCAAAAAAGGGACACAAAAACGAAUCUACCGUUGGGGCAAAGUUCAGGAGGGUCACUGGCGGGAAGCCGAUUGACCCCAUGAGUGAAUUCAGUUACACUGAGGAGGUUUCCUCGCCACAUGGGAGAAGUGACAUUGGAGGCAUUUUCAUUGGAAAGCACUACAACGUGGGUGCGAAGCGGCUCUGUAAGGUCAACCUGAGUUAUUACAACUAUGUGUGGGGUAGACAGGGCAGCAUCAGUCGAUACGUGGCAAAUCAGAUGGUGGAGCAGGCCCCUCCGCACAGUAAUAAUAUUGCCCUGCUGACGCAGAAUGAGGAGAUCCAACUGGCCCCCCCCACGAAGCGCUUAGCAAGAAAUUUGAAAAUCUUCUUCAACCGAUCACACAACUUCCUAAACAAAUACAUUCAAUCAAACCAGCUAACCAAGCAGAGCAACAUUUUCUCCUUCCUCUUCGACGCGCUGCCAGCAGGCAACCUCCGUAGCAACGUGAACAACACGUUGGAGCCGUAUAUCCAUUCUAUAUUUUCCAAGUAUGAGUUUAUGGAAGUGCACGAUUUUGUCGAGAGCCUAAAAGGAUUAUACAAUUUGAAAAGGAAAAAAAAAGGGAAAAAAAAAACUCUGCGGAGUAGUGAACAACCUAAUGUGAAGUUCCUGAAUGAUAUGCAGGGAUUUAAUUACAUCUACCACAAUUUGAAGAAUGACUACCUCAUGUUGGCCGAGAGCCUAUAUUUUGACAUGCGUGGGGAAAAAACGCACGAAAAGGAAAAAACAUACAAAAAGGACAAGGGGAAAGAGGAAAAGUACGGCAGGAUGAGAAUCUCCAAUUUAAUACAGAAUGAAAAGACAGACAUAUUUAGAAAUGUGUCCAUAUAUAAAUUUUCAUCCAAAAAAUUGACCGUACAACAUAACCUCUUUAAUAUAUACCUGGAGUGCAAAUUGCUGAACAAGGCGUUUAAGCUGCUUCUGGUGGAUUACAAUUUUUCCUUUUCCCUCACGUCGGAAGUUAUUUUCCUCUACAAAAUGUAUCUCAUUGAAUUGAAAAGGAAAAAUAUUUUAUUCGCAUUUGAACUUUUGAGUAGGACCUUUAGCAAGUGUUUUAUUCUUUUGAAAAAAUAUCUUUGCAAUCCUACGUCGUUUAAAUUGCUGUCUUUGGUUUGCCUGGACUUUAGUAACCUCCUUUUUAACUACCCUUUUUUAAGGACCUAUCUCUCCUUCUGUCCGAAUGAUAAGAUUAAAUUUUUGAGAAGUAAUAUAAUUCUGCAUGAAAAUGUUACAGCCAAUUGUUACUACAAUGAUUACUUCAGUCAGAGGAAUGACGUGGAUUCGUUAAAUUUACUCUGUGAUGAUGCAUGGAAUGGAAGGGGUUGUUAUGGAGUUGUGCGGGAGGAAGGACUAGGGGGAAUCCGCAGAGAAGCUCUACCGGAGGAUAUUUCCAAUUUCAUCGGGGAAGACACAACCUCCGCACGGCGUGCCUUCAGUUCACGUGCCAUGUAUAGCUCCCAACGGUUGUACAAUUCGCACAAUCACUAUGCUGACUCCGUUGGGAGGUUCGCACCUCGUUCCGUCAUCAGGGGGGACAUCUCUCCGUGUGGUCCUGACGGGGGGGGAAACGAAGUGGAGAGGGGCUCCGAGUUCGCUCCACACGAUCACUACCCUCAACGUGGCCAAUACGAUCAGUACGAUCACUACGAUAACUACUUCGAAGCAGCUACGCGGGACAGGCGUGGGGUACGCAGCGAAUCGGUCACGCUCUCCGUUAGACAACCCUUCCCAUAUGAGGAUGAACCCUUUUGCAGAAAUGCACCCAUCGACCUCUGCAGUAGUGUUGCUCGAGGAGCCGCCUCCAGCAGGGGGGGAGACUUCCACAGGAGUGCAUCACACAGAAGUGCAUCUCACAGAAGUGCAUCCCGCAGAAGUCCAUCUCGAAUGAGCUACGUCAAAGGGGAUCAUCUCACGUGUGGCCACUCCAGCGAUGAUUCAUCUCAAUCUGGGGAAAGUGCAAAACACCACCACUUUUUCAGCCAGCACGAUCAUUUGUAUAUGAGAAAAAUUGUCCAAAGUUUUAAUUUUAUUUUUAAUAUUUUGGAGAAAACGGUGACGAGUUGUGAGGUGUCCCUGCUGAGUUGUAAGGAAACGGUGGGGCGGCCAAAUGGGGACCUUCGAAUGGGUCACACCACCGUGGAGCCACCCCAGGGCAACACAUCGAACAUGCUCACGCAGAGCAGCUACCAAGACAACGUUGGUAACAUGACCAACUUUAUAAAGGAAGUGGUAAACAAAGUGGAUUCCUAUUUCUGCGAAAAAUUUACACGAAUGAAUAUGAAAAAGCAUAUUAAACAAAUGGGAAGAAAAAAGUACAAAAAUUUUUUAUAUGACUCGAAGGAAAUGAGAUCGUUGAGAGAAGAACACGAUGAUUGCUUCUUCUCCUGUUUGGAUUUUUUAUUUCUCGCAUACAUAUGCUCAAAUUAUUUUUCAGACCAUGUGUCUAAAAGCUAUAAGGAUUGUUUCAAGUCCUUUAACUUCAAUAACAUCUGGCCAAGCAACCAACAGAUAAAGGUGAAGAUUUUACUCUCCUUGAUGCACCUCCUUCUGCACGAAAUUAACCUCAUAAAUUUGAACGGCUUUUUUUUGCAAAUUUUGAAAAUAAUUUUAAAUAAAUUUUACAAACAUUUGGAUUACAACGACCUGCAAAUGUUUCAGUACAUUUAUAUGAGUCUGUCUAAUGAGACUUUGUUUUCUUGUUUCUCCAUCUGUGAUGAGAUUAGGGAUGUUAUUCGGGGUAGCUUUUCCUCCGUGAGGGAGUUCGAUUACGUCUUUCAGUUAGCCAGAAGGAGGGACGCCUUUUCGUUGUGUCAUCUUGGCUUUGUGGGGGAUCCCCUCAGGGACGACCUUUUUAUGACGGACAUUUUGGACUUCCUUCUGGGGCGGGAUGCGAUGAUCCGAAAAGGGGACAAACCAAACGUAGAAGAAAUACUCAUCGGGGACCCCCUCAAUGAAACGGCCCUGUGGGUGGACACCUUCACCUUUGAUUGCCCACACAACGAGACAAUUAGAGAUGACUCUACGGUGCAUGCACGGGUCGACCAGUUUACGAUGGAUACGGAGGAUGAGCAACAUGGAGAUUAUGCAAAGUACCAAUUUGACGAUUUCAAAAGCGAAGCAUCCUUUGAGAAAAACGACUUUGUCUUCUUUAAAAAAGGUGAACAAGGGGGAAGAAGUUCCCCUCUGGAUAAUAUACUCCUCCACCUGAAUGAAGAAAAUACGAAUGGAAGGAAAAGCCCAAUGAAGGGAGUCUCCACUUGGGAUGAAGCAGCAGAGAAACGCACCCCCCUGAGGGAGAAAAUACACGCGGUCCAAAGUGCAGAAGAGAAAUACAAACAAAUGUUGCGCCAUUUUAAAAUUAGCAAAGAGGACCAUAUAGAAAAGAACCUGAACAGGAAAAACGAAUGGUCCAUAAAAUUGAAGACCUGGAGGGAUCGUUCCCAUUAUUAUGAGAAUGUGAAGCCUGAUCACUAUGAGGCGUAUAACUUGGAAAAAGAAUACUACCUACCGGAGGAACUUUUCGAAACGAACUGCUUCAUCCUAGCGGAGGAGAAACACCAAAUGAGAGUUGCAUUUAAUGUGGAAAAAAAUAACUACCUUUCUGAGUGCCUAAAUUUAUUGAAGACGAUAGACUUAUACAUGGAAUGUAGAACCAGUACAUGCAACAAGCCGCUCUACUUUGUAAAAAGUUUAAUCAUCACAUGCUUAAGUGUUAGCUAUUCUAGGCAACUCUCCGUAGUGUAUAUACACGCCCUCAUACGAUUAUGUUUGUUUGAACUACGCAUGGAUAAUUCCCAUACGGCUGUCUGUAUUCUCCUCGAAAUUUUAAGCCACUUUGAGCAGGUAAAAAGUUACAGAAAUAUGUUGGGCAUUAUUUUUUACCUUUGCGGGUAUUCGUUGCUGCACCAGUUUAACUUGCAGUCGGAGCGCAUGCAAAGGGAAGGAAGGAAAAGGGAACUGAUCAAGGAAUACCACCACUAUGCAAAUGUGAAGAGGGAAUAUUUCGACUCCUACCAGGGGUGUAAACUGGGCGGAUCCACAUUUCUGAACAGUUGCAACACGACACCUGAUAUUUCUCCGAUUUGUAGAAGGGGGUCCCACCUUUGCAACGAGGAGGAGGAGGAUCAACGGGGUGUAGACUCCCACAGCAUGAACUGGGGAGAACGCACCAUUGGCUCCGUUCCCAUGAGUAAAAGAGAUUAUUUGGACGGUGCACUAUCCGAGCGUAGCCACCGAAGCAGUAAUUGUACGCCCAGCCCGCUAGCCAGGGAGAAGACCACACCGGACGAUUUUGCCAGCAGCGUGGAAAGGAGAAGAAACAGCUGCGGGAAAGGGAGCCUCCCCAAGGGCGGCUCCGCAAAGUGUGCCAAGAAGCUAAUCCCGUUGGCAAAGAACCAAAUAAAAAUCACCGACUACUUUUCCAAUGUGAAGAACGAAAAGGUGCAAGAGCCACUUUCGGACGCCGACUCAGCCAACUCCACCAACUCUGACAGCGAUAUUCACCUCAACAGUGCAGGUAAAAAAUGCGUAAAGAAAAGAAAAAAAAAUGACGGAUUAACCGAUGACGUAGUUGAGCAGAAGGAGAGGCCCACCACAGAUACAUAUUUGGAAGAGAUAAAGGAACAGCCGUACGACCCACUAGAACAGAUAAAUAAAAAGCAAUUUUUUUUACUUUUAAUUUGCUUCUACAUGAAGCGAGCUCUGUACCACUGGGAGAAUGACGGAGAUGUGGUUGGAAUUUCCAACGGAAUUCAACAAAAGAAAAGGAUAAAGGAUGCCCUCUUCUUCCUCAUGUCUUCUUAUAAAUUUUUUUACAAAUCAUCCCUUUUUCUGUCAAAGCAUGAAAAGAUUGGGAGUUUUAAAUUUCCACUUUUUGACUUUCACCUUUUCGGGCAGUAUAAGACGUUUUACGCCUUCUACAGGGGGGCCUUUCUCCGGUGCUGCAACGAGAAUGUGACGUGCUCCUCGCGGGGUUGA